AUGCGUACAGACAGCCCGCAGGGUCCUUUGAUAGGUAUUAUAAGUGUCUCUCUGUCUCCUUUGGGGCCCGUGCAGCCUGUUGCUGCUGAUGCUCCUUGUCUCGAUGAAGAAGAAGAAGGAGACACAGCAGCAGCAGCAGCAGCAGCAACAGCAGCAGCAGCAGCAGCAGCAACUCCUCCUCUCGUUCGCCUUGGAUUCAACCCAGACACAGACGGUGGGGCCUCUAUGAUAAAACGUCCAGAGCCUGCUGCAGCAGCAGCAGCAGGAGCAGCAGCAGCAGCAGCACCUGCUGCUGCUGCUUCUCCCUCUCCCAUACCCCGCCGUCUCUCCACCCCCUCAUCAACACCAACACCACCACCACCACCAGCAGCAGCACCACCAGCAGCAGCACCACCAGCAGCAGCAGCAGGAGCAGCAGCAGGAGCAGGAGGAGGAGACAGCAGCCUGCUGCCUGCGUUGGAGACAGCAGCAUGGGUGGAUGCUGAUUUUUCUAUGUCUGGUGUGCUGCAGCUGGCUGGGGGAGGAGACAGUUUUGUGUCUCUGAUUCGUCGUGUUGCUGCUGAGCCUGAGGUGUCUCUUCACUUCGUUGAUAGCCGUUUAGAGAUAGAGUUAGAGUUUGUGUUAGGUUUUUUAUCGAUAAAAAAUAUAAAUAUAAAUACAGAGAUACCUUUACUAGGAGACAAGGAGACAGCUCGUCAAGCCCUAGAAGAGUUCAUCUCUGCUUCUGUCUCCAACAGCAGCAACAGCAGCAACAGCAGCAGCAGCAGCAGCAGCAGCAGCAGCAGCAGCAGGAGAGGGGAAAUAGAUGAUAUAUUAUUUUCUCCUAAAACCUCCCUAUACACCCCAGCUGAACGCAUGCAAGUAACGUUCUCCACAGACACCUCAAACCCCACAUUCUCUCUCCUUGAGCCUUAUCUCCCCGCUCUAGCAGCACACAGACAACAACAGCAGCAGCAGCAGCAGCAGCAGCAGCAGCAGCAGCAGCAGCAGGAGCAGCAGGAGGAGGAGGAUGUUGCUGCGCGGUGGCUGGUGCAUGCACUAGAGGGUUUGUCUCUUGAGCUGCCUGUCCCCUCUCUUUCUAGUGUCUCCUCAGCUGUACGGGGUGUCUCCAUCGACGACAUGCAUAUAGACUGGCUACGUGUCUCCGAUUCAACUGUCCCCUUAUCUGGUUCUUCUGGGGUUUUUAUACAAAACCCUUUGGGGCCCCACGUGCUGCUGCAGCUGCAGCAGCUGUCUCUUGCUGCGCAGCUAGCAGCAACUGUAGCAGCAGAGGCAGUCUCCGAUUCAACUGUCCCCUUAUCUGGUUCUUCUGGGGUUUUUAUACAAAACCCUUUGGGGCCCCAUGUGCUGCUGCAGCUGCAGCAGCUGUCUCUUGCUGCGCAGCUAGCAGCAACUGUAGCAGCAGAGGCCUACACCCCAGCUGAACGCAUGCAAGUAACGUUCUCCACAGACACCUCAAACCCCACAUUCUCUCUCCUCGAGCCUUAUCUCCCCGCUCUAGCAGCACACAGACAGCAGCAGCAGCAGCAGCAGCAGCAGCAGCAGCAGGAGCAGCAGCAGCAGCAGGAGCAGCAGCAGGAGGAGGAGGAUGUGGCUGCGCGGUGGCUGGUGCAUGCACUAGAGGAUCUCCCUUCUCUUACAUGCAAAGCAGCAGGACCUGCUGCAGCACCAACCCCAGCAGCAGCAGCAGCAGCAGGAGACGCAGCAGCAGCAGCAGCAGCAGCAGGAGCAGCAGAUGCAAGCGUGGUGGAGCAGGAGACAGUGCAGCUGCAGCUGUGGGGCGCAGCAGAUGCUGUUGUCUCCUCUCCCUUCGGUCUCCUCUCUGUUUAUAAUAUACCUAUACAUAACCAGUUUCUUUUGGGGGGCCUCGGGGGCCUCUCCACUGUCUCCUUUGAGGCCUUCACUAUACUAGGCAGCAGCAGCAGCAGCAGCAGCGGGGACAGGGACAGAUGCAGCAAAUGCAGCAACAGCAGGGACAACAGCAACAGGGACAUCAUCUGCUGCAGCAGCAGCAGCACUACCACCACCACCACCAGCAGCACCAGCACCAGCACCAGCAGCAGCAGCAGCAGCAGCAGCAGGAGCAGCAGGAGGAGACGCAGCCGCAUGCAUACACCCCACAUCUCCAUGAAAAAGGGACCCAAUCACCUCCACCUUACAGGGGGUCUGAUGAUAACGAAGAAGACAGCAUCAGCAGUGUCUCGUUUGUUUUCUGCUGUUGUAGCUGAGGAGACAGCAGCAGCAGCAGCAGCAGCAGCAGAAGCAGCAACACUGGAGGUAUCUAUAACUCGUGCUGUUCUUCCUUCUGGUGCUGCUGCUCCUCUCUGGCUAUCUGAGGGGCUGCAGCAGCUGCGUAUACACCCCAAGGCCCCCUCACUAGGAGACCUAUUCCCGGGGUUGCAUGCGCAGCAGAUGGUGCGAAAGCUGGAGAUGGUGCGAAAGCUGGAGGUGCGUGAGGUGUCUGUACACCUCGACAGCAGCAGCAGCAACAGCAGCAGCA